CACUUCCCUUUUGACGUGACUCUGCUGCACUGUUAACAGUAUACAAAAAUUAACGCACUGUGUUGCACAGACAGGAAAGUAUUCAAGAGCUGAUUGGUUGUGGAGAUACAGAAUGUGAAUAAAUAUGUGAAGGCCUAGCACACUCAGAGCUGCUUGACCUCCUUAGCCUCACGAAUCUUCAUCGACCAAACAGGGACCCACUGCAUACAGUUCAGGCCUAACUCUGUGAAGCUCUCUGUACCAGACACUGCCAAUGCAAUGAAAAGUAAUACUUCAUCAAAAUAUGAAGGACAUCAUCUCCAGAAGCAACUGUAUUUAUUCUGGACAUCCUUCACGAUACCAGCUAAUAGCAAAGACAGAGUAUUUUGGAACUCUACAAAGAAUAACCUUUGGUGUAAAAGAUCACAACAAGAUAAACAAAACCAUCUUGCUUGUUGGUGAGACAGGAACAGGAAAGUCUACGCUGAUCAACGCUUUGGUCAACUACUCCAUGGGUGUAAAGUAUGAGGAUAAAGUCUGGUUUGAGCUCGUAGAUGAUGAGAAGACAAGUCAGACAGUCAGUCAUACAAACGAUGUGAAGGUGUAUGAAAUCUGUGACUUUAAGGAAAAAACUCUGCCCUACUCUCUGACGAUUAUCGAUACUCCUGGUUAUGGGAAUACCAAGGGGAUUGAACAUGACACCAACAUUACAGAGAGAAUAUGUGACUUAUUCCGCUCUGAGAAUGGAGUUCAUGAAAUUAAUGUGGUGGGUCUAGUGCUGAAGUCAACAGUGAAUCGACUGGAUGAACGACUAAAAUAUAUCUUUGAUUCAGUGGUGUCUCUGUUUGGCAAUGACAUGGAGAAAAACAUCGUGACACUUAUCACUCACUCAAAUGGGAAAAAACCUACAAAUGUCCUGGAAGCCCUUGAGACUGCAGGCAUUAAGUGUGCAAAAAAUGAAAAGAAUCAGCUUGUUUUUUUCCAGUUUGAUAACUGCCAGCAUGUACCAAGGACAGAUGACGAAGACGAUGAUUCAGAAGGCGAAGAAGAUCAUUCAUAUAAAGUAACAAUGAAAGGAAUGAAACAAUUCACAGACUUCAUAGGAAAAACUGCACCUCAAAAACUGCAAAAAACCCUGCAUGUCCUGAAUGAGCGGAUUAGACUGAUUGCCUGCAUCCAAAACCUGCAAGACAAGAUUGAAUUGAUUGAGCUAAAACAGACAGAGAUCCAACAGAUCCAAGAGGCACUCAAGAAAUUUGAACAAGAGAUGAAGAGCAAUGAGAAUUUUACCGUAGAAGUGGAUGAGGCUUACAAAGACAAAGAGCCUAUCGACGGUGGGAUGUGGUUGUUGGUUUUUUUUGCAGGAGCUGUCUGUUGUACAAUCUGUGAAGAGAACUGUCACUAUCCUGGAUGCACAUUGGCUUGGUAUCCCAGGGACUGUGAGGUGUUUAAAAAAGGACAUUGCACUGUGUGUACCAGGAAGUGUCCUGUAUCAGCUCAUGUCAAAGAGAAGUGGAGAUAUGAAAACAAGACAAGAAAAGUUAAGAGGACUACACAAGAAAUGAAAGAGACAUAUGAAAAGAAUAAGGAAGAAAGUGAGAAGAUGAUGAAUAUUUUGGAGAAGCUUGAAAAAAAAAACAGACACUUUCAAGUGGACAAAGCACAGUUGCUGGAAGAGUCUUAUCAGCAUAUUGUCCAUCUGGAGCAGAUUGCCCUAAAUGUUAAUUCAUUGUCCACUCACUUCUACCUGGAGUUCUUGAUUGAGAAGAUGAAGGAGAAAGGAGACGCAGUGAAGGUCCAUAAACUGGAAGAGUUGGCAAGUCGAGUUGAUGAAGUAACCAGAGCAGGGCUGUGCUACAUGAAGACAGCUAAAUCAAAAAAAAAAAAAAUGAUUUAAGAGGCAAGGCUAGAGAUCUAAAAUUCCAUGCUGGAGCCAGUCCCAGCUGAUGCUGGGCAAGAUGACCAGUCUGUCUAUACAGAGACAAGUAAAAAGUAAAAUGCCUCGUUGCCACUCCAUUUCCUUGCCUGCCUGCCAGUCUCCAAACCCCCCUCUUCACCAUCACUCACUUGCAACCUGCCAGCCAGUCUCCACUAUCCCUCAUCGUUACACCCCACCCUCCUCAUUCUCUAAGCUGCCACCUUCUCUCUGGAUCCCCAGCUCCUUGAUGCCCCCCCACAUCCAUUCCCCACCAUAGACUCUUUUUUAUUAUUUAUUAUUAUUAUUUCCAUCAAAACCACUCACAUCCUUUUAGUGGAUGUCCAUGUUUGUGUCUGCUCAGGUGUCCAGAACAAAACACUUCUGGCACUUCUGGCUUCUGGCUGUAACACUGAUUUCAUAUAUAACUGUUCUCUUCCCUUAUUCAUAUGCACAUGUGCACUCACGCAUCCUGUACAUGCAUAAAGAGCCUGAUUCUGCAAGUUUAGUUAGAUAUGUAUUCUAGGUAUUUGCUAAUAUAAUUUCAUUGAAACCAGACUUGUAUCAUGAGUUUUUCUCUGAUUUUAUAUAUAUAUAUAUAUAUA